AUGCUGCCGUACCUGUUCCCUGAUCUGUCCGCCUUUGCUACAGUCGCCGAUCUUAUCACCCACCUUCGCACUAGUGAUGCUCGCCUGCGUGCUGCCCUUCCCACCGAGUUCUGCGCUAAGAACCCCCCUCCACUGUACUGGACACUCCACUUCAUAGUCACCCGACUCCCUGACACCCUCAGCUCAGUUCGAGACCACUUCCUUGCUCGCUGUCCCACUGAGCUCACAGUCGCCCUCCUAGAGGAGCAGCUGCUAGCGGCCGAAAAGAGCAUUGUAGCUGUCGGUGCUGCUCGUGGCGCUCCUCGCACCCCCAUCUUUGAGGGGUGUUCUCCCUCUCCCCUCGCUCCCUCCUACGCUACUGCUGCUGCUGUUGACUUCCUUGGUGCUGAGUCUGCUGGCGCUGCUUCUGCUCCUGGUGGGAGGCGCCGCACCGGCAAGGGCAAGGGGGGCAAGGGUGGCGGGGGUGGCGCUGGGGGGGGAGGAGGUGGGGGAGGUGGGGGGGGAGGCGGUGCUGGAGGGAGCGGUGGCGGGAGUGCUGGUGGGAGUGGGGUCGGCAGCGGAGGCGGGGGCGGCGGAGGGAGCGGUGGCGGUGGUGGCGGCGGCGGCGGUGGCGGCGGCGGCGGCGGUGGCGGCGGCGGCGGUGGCGGUCGGAGCGGAGGUAGUGGUGGUGGCGGAGGUCGGAGUGGAGGCACUGGCUCGGGCCAGAGCUCCCAGCAGCAGCAGCGUCCCCAGACGACCCAGCAGCUUCGUGAGUGGCUUGCUCAGCGUGGGACGUCGGGGGCAAUGGCUGCUGUUCCUAUGUCAUUCGCACAGGAGAUGGGCGAGGAUGUUGAGCGCCCCCGCUGGGCUGAGCUCAUGAGGGCUGGUGUUGAUAUCUUUGCUCUUGACUAUGAUGCUAUUAUUGCUGCCAUGUAUGCAUUGACUGUUAGUGCCGAGGGAGACUGUUACUUGUGUGUGCCGCCUGACCCAGGUAUAGAGCCCGCUGCCCUGGGUACUAGUGAGUCUGCUCUCUCUGGUAUGGUGCCCCCUGUACUUGCCCCCUCCAGUGCUGUCCCGGCUGUUUGCGAGUCUGCUCUCUCAGGUACAGCACCCACAGAGACUGCUCUCUCAGGUACCGCACCGGCUGAGGCCUGUCACACCUUCACCCUUGACUCAGUCCUUGCCCAGUCCACCACUGUGCUCCCUUGUCCGGCGGUUCCGUCUGGCUCGUUGUCGGGUUUCCACCUCCCCUCGUUCUCGACGAACCUGACCCUCCACCUGGACGUGUGGGGCCCAGCCCGCGUUCGUGGCCAGGGCGGUGAGCGGUACUUUUUGCUGGUUGUCGACGACUACUCGCGUUACACCACGGUCUUCCCCUUGCGCACCAAGGGUGAGGUCCCUGCUGUUCUGAUCCCUUGGAUCUGCACGGUUCGUCUCCAGCUCCGCCGCCGUUUCCGGAUGGAUCUUCCUGUCCUGCGUCUGCACUCUGACAGAGGUGGUGAGUUUUCCUCCGAUCUCUUGAGGACCUUCUGUCAGGCGGAGGGCAUCGAGCAGACCUUCACGCUUCCGGACUCCCCACAGCAAAAUGGGGUUGCUGAGCGCCGCAUUGGCCUGGUCAUGGAGGUCGCUCGUACCUCCUUGGUCCACGCGGCGGCUCCCCAUUUUCUGUGGCCGUUUGCGGUCCGGUACGCCGCGCAUCAGCUCAACCUCUGGCCCCGUGUCUCCUUGCCGGAGACCUCGCCCACACUGCGUUGGACGGGGGAGGUUGGUGAUGCGUCGCGCUUCCGGGUGUGGGGUGCUCGUGCCCUUGUCCGCGAUACGUCCGCGGACAAGCUCUCCUCCCGCACCAUUCCCUGUGUCUUCCUUGGCUUUGUCCCUGACGCGCCGGGCUGGCAGUUUUACCACCCCACCUCUCGCCGGGUCUUCGCCUCUCAGGACGUCACCUUUGACGAGUCGGUGUCUCUCAGGUAG